AUGACGGAUAUACCGUCACAACAUACAACUUUCCUUGACCAGCCUCCCAGCUGUCUAGAAUUCUGCCCUGCAGCCCCUGACUAUCUUGUUAUUGGGACAUACCUCCUAUCGGAAACACCAUCGAAGGGUCUCGCAAAUCCCCAACAAACAAAAACAGGGAGCAUACAACUUUUCAAACUCGAUCCCGAAUCUCCUCAACUGACUGAAAUACACAAAGUGUCCCUUCCCCAUGCAGUUUUUGAUCUGCACUUUUCACCCCGCGAUCCAACCUUAAUUGCAAUCGCCACCAGCGUAGCGUCUGUUUCUUUAUACAGCCUCAAGUCUUUACAGAACAAUGACUCUACAGCAUCAAACCCCGACAUCAUCACUCACCUAACUACAAUCCCUGUCCACGAAGACCUAGCCACAUCGGUUCUCUAUCUCUCCUGGCUUCCACCAGCACACCUAACUAUGGGUCAUAACUAUAGUCAUGACCAGUUAGCCACAGACGGCUUCGCCGUCUCCUUCUCAGAUGGCCGGGUCUCCAUCUUUCAUACUCAACCCCCCUCCCACAUCUUUUCCAAAGAAACGAUGACGGAGAUAGACUUACCAGGGGAGCCUAUAGAGGUUUGGUACACCACGUUCCAUCGUGGUAGGUCAUCAUCCGGCAAAAGAUUCCUAAUGCUAUUUUCCGGGGAUGACUUUGGUAGUUUGCGUGUGCAUGAAUUCGCAGGUGAUGGGGGUGUGAAUGGAGACGGGAAUGACGAGGGCCAAAAGUUGUUGGUUGAUGGUCAAUUCCUAAUUCAGACGAGGGAGAUCAGUGAUCGAGGGAAGCAUCAUGGGGCAGGGAUCACGGCCAUCUUACCGUUAUUCAGUGAUGCUGGGAAGACAGUGCUGCUAACAGGGUGCUAUGAUGAAUACCUUCGUGUGUAUAAGUUUGCAGGACGGGGGGAAGUUUUGGCAGAGAAAUGGUUGGGUGGAGGAGUUUGGAGAUUAAAUGUGAUCACUGAAGUGGAAGAAGGGCCCUUGACGACGGAGGAAGAUUUAAACGUUAGAAGGGUACGGUCGUACUUGAUUCUUGCUAGCUGUAUGCACGCUGGGGCUAGGAUUGUAAGGGUUACAUGCUCGACUGGUGGGGAAGAGGGGCUGUUGGCUGUUAAGUGGGAUAUCGAAGUUUUAGCAGAGUUUACGGAACAUGAGAGUAUGAAUUAUGCAUCGGAUGUGUGGAGGGGUAACGGCGGAGCUGGGUCUGGAGCUAUGCAUGGGAGUGGAGGCCAGGACCAACUUCAGCGGACGGAUAGGGAUUCGAAAUUGCUCUGUGUCUCAAGCAGUUUUUACGAUAAACGGGUAUGUGUGUGGAGGGCGAACGUAUAA